AUGGCAAAAUUCGAUGCAACUACAGCUAUGUUUGUACAAGCUGAUACAAAUCAAGAUGGACGUAUUGAUAAAAAUGAAUUUCGUAAUUGGAUUUCAAAUACUAAAGAAUUUACUCCUUCAUCAUAUGAAUCAUCAACUAGUAGACAUAAUCUUAAUGAUAAUACUGCUGAUCGAUUUGAUCGAUAUAAGUAUAAAGUUAAUUCUCAAAAUCCUUGGGAAUCUACGGAUGAUAAAUAUACUUCAUAUAGAACUACAGCAGCAGCUAGUGAUCGGAUUAAUGAAACAGUGAUUCAUACAAAUAGCUUAGAAGAAACGAAUCGAUAUCUGGAAAAAUCAGCUAAUAAUAUUUAUAUAGAUCCUAAUCCAAAAAUUAUUCGACGAACAACAACUGAAGCUCCAGUAACAUAUGAACAACGAGUUUUUAUUCGAUAUCUUCAAUCACCAGUCGUUCCAUCACCAGGACCACUGAUUAUUAAAGAAGUGCGUCCACCACAACCACCACCUCCUCCACCACUUGUCAUACGCCAACAUGCAUCAUCGCUUGCUCAGCCACCUCCACUUAUCUUACGUGAACGACCACCAACACCACCGAUAUCUGUUUCGAGUGAAACAAUUACUCGUUCUUUACCUCCUAUACCUGUUCCACCACGAUCAGUGGUCAUCGAACGUUUUCCACCUCUUCCAGAAAAACCACGCGAUAUUAUAAUUGAACGAUGGAUUCCCUACGGAUCUCAAACUCAACGCCGUACGAUUGUUCAACGUGCUCCUCCUGCUGUACAAUAUCCACAACCAUCUCAUACUGUUGUUAUUUAUGAAGCGGUUCAACAACGUAUAGUUCGAAAAUUUGAAAAACUGGGUGUUACCAAAGAAAAUCCUGACGAUUAUGUAGCUCGUUAUGGUGCAUCACUUUUAGAUUCAGCAACACUGGUUCAACAAGCUCGUAAUGCUGGUGUUAUUGAAGAUAUAUCACCUCCAGUAUCAUCAUCUUCAAUAUAUACAAAUACACGCGAAUAUACUGUUGAUUUUGAUAAGUCAAAUGAAAUAACCAAUCAAGGCUUCUCAUUAUCGAAUGCAAAUCGCAGGAAAAAAGUUCAGCUAGAUGCUGGUAAAGAAACUAUUUAUCGUGGUAGUAGAAAUUAUUCAUCAUCAGCAUCAAACUUUAUUGGUGAUAGCGCUUUAGAUGGUAAUGCUAGUGUAACCCGAGGUGGAUUUUAUAUCGAUGAUGCUAAUCUUGCCACUCACUACUGA